AUGUCCGCCCAGGCAAUGAUGGCCAAGAAGCUGUGGGGAGGUCGCUUCACCCAAGGCACCGACCCCCUGUAAGUUCGGUCCAUCGCUCCACAUCCGCCGCUUCGACCCAACCCCCACUCACCCACCUCUCCACCUCCAGCAUGUGGGAAUUCAACCAAUGCCUUUCGUACGACAAGAAGCUCUACGCCGUCGAUGUCGCAGGAUCGAAAGCCUACGCCCUUGCGCUGUCGAAAACCUCUCCCCCCAUCCUGACCGCCCAUGAACUCUCCGAGAUCCGUCGUGGGCUCGAUCAGGUCGAACAGGAAUGGAAGACCGACAAUUUCGUGAUCAAGCAAGACGACGAGGACAUCCACACCGCCAACGAGCGUCGGUUGUCCGAGAUCAUUGGCUCCGACAUCGGUGGCAAGCUACACACCGGUCGCAGUCGUAACGACCAAGUCGCGACGGACAUGAGGUUGUGGUUGAUCAAGGAGGUCGUGCAGGACAUCGAGUGGCUGCAAGGUGUCAUCGGUAUCUUGACUGUCAAGGCCGAGGAAUGGAUCGACCACCUUGCGGCUGGGUUCACCCAUCUGCAGAGGGCUCAGCCGAUCAGAUUCUCCCACUUUUUGCUCGCGCACGCCCACUCGUUCGCUGGUGAUCUUGGCAGGAUGAAGGAUCUUCUUCCGUGAGUUCACUCUACCAGUGCAGCAUAAAUGUGCUGUACUCAUGCCCUUCUCUCUUGACAGCCGCGUCUCGACCCUCCCUCUCGGUUCCGGUGCUCUGGCCGGCAACCCCUUCUCCGUCGACCGCGAGCUCCUCCGCUCCGAACUAGGCAUGGCCAGCGUCUCAGGCAAUUCGAUGCAAUCCGUCGCCGACCGCGAUUUCGUCGCCGAGUACCUCUUUGUCUGCUCCCUCCUCAUGGUCCACAUCUCACGCCUCGCAGAGGACCUCAUCAUCUACUCUUCGUCCGAAUUCGGCUGGGUAAUGUGCGGUGAUGCGUAUUCGACCGGAUCGUCCAUCAUGCCUCAGAAGAAGAACCCGGAUGCGUGCGAGUUGCUUCGAGGGAAGAGUGGUAGGACCGUCGGUCAAUUGACGGGCUUCUUGACGACGUUGAAAGGUUUGCCGGCGACGUACAACAAGGACUUGCAGGAGAGUCAGGAACCCAUGUUCGAUGCGGCGGAUACGGUCGGCAAGAGUUUGAGGAUCUUGCAGGGGGUCAUCACGACGCUCAAGGUCAGUACAAACCACGGAACUCAAAUACAGUUGGACGACCCGAAGGGUGGAGACUGACAUUCUCAAUUUCGUUGCUUCCACUCAUCAGGUCUUCCCGGAGAAGAUGAAAGCCUCGUUGACGCCCGACAUGCUCGCGACGGAUUUGGCCGAGUACCUCGUUCGCAAGGGCGUAAAUCCAGUCUACUGACGAACCGACAUACUUCUAUGAAGGGUGACCUCAGCUGACCCCUUUCCCCCUCCGCACAGCUCCCUUUCCGAGAAACGCACCAUAUCUCCGGAGCCUGCAUCAAGCUCUCGGAGGACUCGAACCUCAAGCUCUCGGACCUGACUUUGGAGCAAUUCCAAUCCAUCUGCCCCAGUUUCGAAGCCGACGUCAAGGACGUGUUCAACUUUGAGACCAGUGUCGAGAGGAGGGAUGCGGAGGGUGGGACGUCGAGGAGGGCCGUGUUGGGGCAGAUUGACAGGCUGAAGAAGUUGUUGACGGAGGGUUCGGAGUGA